CGGAAGUGCGAGGGAGAGGCGAGCCACGUGGGUGGAGCUGGAGCGCAGCUCGCAUGGGGGAGUCUAUCCCGCUGGCAGCCCCGGUCCCGGUGGAACAGGCGGUGCUGGAGACGUUCUUCUCUCACCUGGGUAUCUUCUCUUACGACAAGGCCAAGGACAAUGUGGAGAAGGAACGAGAGGCCAACAAGAGCGCGGGGGGCAGCUGGCUGUCGCUGCUGGCGGCCUUGGCCCACCUGGCCGCGGCAGAGAAGGUCUAUCACAGCCUCACCUACCUGGGGCAGAAACUAGGGGGCCAGUGUUUCUUCAGCAGGAAGGACUCCAUCCGCACCAUCUAUACUUCCCUGCAUAAUGAGCUAAAGAAGGUGGUGACUGGCCGUGGUGCCCUAGGGGGGACUGCACCUCAUGUGGAAGAGCUCCUUUCCCACCUGUCAGAGCAGCUCUGCUUCUUUGUUCAGGCUCGGAUGGAGAUCGCAGACUUCUAUGAGAAGAUGUACACCCUCAGCGCACAGAAGUUCAUCAAUGCCGAAGAGCUCGUUGGCCUUUUAGACACCAUCCUCAAGAAAUACAGCUCCAGAUUUCACCACCCCAUCCUCAGUCCUCUGGAAAGCAGUUUCCAGCUGGAGGUCGACGUACUGAGUCAUCUCCUGAAGGCCCAGGCUCAGGUCUCCGAGUGGAAGUUCCUCCCGUCUCUGGUUAACUUACACAGCGCUCACACCAAGCUGCAGACUUGGGGCCAGAUCUUUGAAAAGCAACGGGAGACCAAGAAACAUCUGUUUGGAGGGCAGUCCCAGAAGGCCAUUCAGCCCCCACACCUUUUCCUUUGGCUGCUGAAACUAAAAAACAUGCUUCUUGCCAAAUUUAGCUUCUACUUUCACGAGGCACUGAGCCGACAAACGACUGCUUCAGAAAUGAAAACGCUGACUGCAAAAGCCAACCCAGACCUCUUUGGAAAGAUUUCCAGCUUCAUCAGGAAAUACGAUGCUGCCAACGUGUCCUUAAUCUUUGACAACCAGGGUUCCGAGAGCUUUCAGGGUCAUGGCUACCACCACCCCCAUUCCUACAGAGAGGCCCCAAAGGGCGUGGAUCAGUAUCCAGCCGUGGUAUCUCUGCCCAGCGACAGGCCUGUCCUGCACUGGCCCAAUGUCAUCAUGAUCAUGACAGACCGCACGUCCGACCUGAACAGCUUGGAGAAAGUGGUCCAUUUCUAUGAUGACAAAGUUCAGAGCACCUACUUCCUUACCCGCCCAGAGCCCCACUUUACCAUUGUUGUCAUUUUCGAGUCAAAGAAAUCUGAAAGAGACUCCCACUUUAUUUCCUUCCUUAGUGAGAUCUCACUUGCCCUUAAGAACCCCAAGGUUUUUGCGAGUCUGAAACCUGGAUCCAAAGGUUAGCAGGUGAUUUGUGUGAAGGGUUUUCAAGACUGGAAAUUGUGUUCUUAAUUGCUCUAACAAUCUACAGUGGUCUGUGAUUAGUUUCCAUCCACCUGUGCUUCUUUCAGAUCUAAAUUAAAGACACAUCCUCCCUAAUUGUGUUGCACCCUUUAUAAGCAGUUAAGGCCAGCUCAGUUACAUAUCCAAAGAGUAAGCUAGGUGAUCAUGGCUGCCGGUCUCCGUGGUACAGCAAGGUACUUUCGGCAUUUUCUCCUUUUUUCCUGUAUUUCAUGUAGAUUAAUAUUUAUUGGCCUUUGAUUUUUCUUUCCAGAUGUUUUAUAUUAUUCUAAACGUUGUGCUCCAGUGCAAUUUCAAAUGCCCUCUCCUUUUCCCCUCUUUCUGGAUGAGUAAUUGGGAUAUGAUAUUAAACGGCUUUUUUAGAAUCAAGGACUGUUUUCUAGCUCAUAAAUUAGCAAAUUAACAUGAAGCUUUAAGUUUUGUGAUCAACAAAUAUUUUUGAUGCCCAAAUUAGGGUCUUGGUGAGAAAUUUCUAUCAGUUUGUGAAAUUGAAGGUGAAUCAGAGUGGUAGCCUAGCAUUUGUGUUUUAACAAUUCCGAAGAUACUCAUGGCAUCUUUAAUAGCAGUGGUUUCUUUUGAGGUGAUCUACACGCCUAGCUGCGUUUGCUUUUCCCCUUAUAAAGUUUCAGUUUUUCACUCUGUUUUCAAGUUAGCGUAAUCCAUUAAGUGGGGUUUCUUCUUUCAAAGUAUAAUCUGCUUGGCUCUCUGUCACCUUUUUGCUGAAAUGUAUGUUCAUGUUUGGCUGUAUUCCCUGGUUAUUUUUAGGCUGAAAAAACAGGCCGUCUUGGUUUUUCAGCCACUUUUACGCAACUUAGCCUACUUUUAUAAAAUUAAAAUGGAGGUCUUGAUACCUUUUACUUGCUAAAAAUCAAUUGUGCAUUCAAAAGACCUCUUCGUAGUUGAGUCAUCAACCCCGCAGUUAAGCACAUCUGAACUUGGGUUUCAUGCCUGUCUCCUCCACAUUAUUUUUAGAAGCAGUGAUACAUCUUAACACAUGCUUCCUUAACACUUCCCUUCAGUAGGUGUUCAUGGGGAAGGAGAUAGGUCAGUAAAGCCAUAAUGGGCUGUGGAGACCUUCACUUCUAGGUUAUUGAUUCAGAAUAAAAAUAAGCCACAAAGA